CAAUGGAUAUGCCAACAUGAAGAUGACUGCCAAUUUCAUUGCAUUAUUGUGAGCUGUCAUGUUAUCCUUCCAAAACCCUUAUAAAUAUUGCCUUCCAGAAGUUCUUGGCUGCAAAGAAGCUAGAGCAUUGCUUUGAAAUAUUUCCAAAUUGAGUGGCAAGCAGUCAUAGUCUCACAGUGUCAAGUAUAUUUCAUGGUUUUCAUCUUUGCUUCUCUUUCACACAUCAGCUAGAUAUAAACUUGGUCCAUUUCCCAACUUGGUUGUAGAAAACUUUUAGUGAACAUAGUUUCCUGUCGUGAAUUGAAUAGUCAUGGCAGUCCAACAUCCUCUUGAACUGGCAAAUGGUUGCUGUGAUGAUGAUGGGCAUUCAUUGAGAACUGGAACCUUAUGGAGUUGCGUUGCUCAUAUUAUUACUGCUGUUAUUGGAUCUGGAGUUCUGUCCUUGGCUUGGAGUACUGCACAGCUAGGAUGGAUAGCAGGGCCAGUUUCCUUGCUUUGCUUUGCGAUUGUCACCUAUGUUUCAGCUUUCCUCCUUUCCGAUUGCUAUAGGUCCCCUGACCCCAUAACAGGAACACGAAACUACUCUUACAUGCAUGCUGUUAGAGUUAAUCUUGGUAAAACACAGACAUGGUUUUGUGGUUUGCUUCAAUAUGUGAGCAUGUAUGGAACUGGUAUUGCUUAUGUUAUUACUACUUCAACUAGUAUGAGAGCAAUUCAAAGAUCAAACUGUUACCAUAGAGAAGGGCAUAAAGCUUCAUGUGAAUAUGGGGACGCUAUUUAUAUGCUGCUAUUUGGAGCUGUUCAGAUACUAGUGUCACAGAUUCCUGAUUUUCAUAACAUGGAAUGGCUCUCGGUAAUUGCAGCAAUCAUGUCCUUUACCUACUCUUUUAUCGGAUUUGGACUUGGUGUUGCACAAGUUAUAGAAAAUGGGACGAUUAAGGGGAGCAUUGCUGGAGUCUCAGCUGCCACUACUGCCAAUAAGUUAUGGUUAGCAUUUGAAGCACUGGGGGACAUUGCUUUUGCCUAUCCAUACUCGAUCAUUCUGCUUGAGAUACAGGAUACUUUGAAGUCACCUCCACCAGAGAAUAAGACCAUGAAGAAGGCCUCUAUGAUUUCAAUCUUCAUCACAACUUUCUUUUACCUAUGUUGUGGAUGCUUUGGAUACGCAGCCUUUGGCAACAAUACACCUGGAAAUCUCUUGACUGGGUUUGGGUUCUUUGAGCCUUACUGGCUCGUCGAUUUAGCAAAUGCUUGCGUUGUUCUUCAUUUGGUGGGAGGAUAUCAGAUAUAUAGUCAGCCUGUGUUUGCAUUUGUGGAAGGAUGGUUCAGUAGGAAAUUUCCAAGCAGUGGUUUUGUGAAUAACUUCCAUUCCUUCAAACUUCCAUUGAUUCGUCCUCUUCAUAUCAAUCUUUUCCGGCUAUGUUUCCGAACUGUAUAUGUUGCAUCAACUACUGCUGUUGCAAUGGCCUUCCCUUACUUCAACCAAGUUUUGGGAGUGCUUGGAGCCUUGAACUUUUGGCCUUUGGCAAUAUACUUUCCUGUGGAAAUGUACUUUGUGCAGAAGAAAAUAGGUGCUUGGACAAGAAAAUGGAUUGUGCUGAGAACAUUUAGCUUUGCUUGCUUGCUAAUAACAAUAGCAGGCUUACUUGGGUCAAUUGAGGGACUUAUAAGUGCUAAACUUGGCUGAGACUGCUAUUGCUGAGAUCUUUCUGCCAAUAGACUACUAGUAAUCACAUGUUGUGUUGGAAGAUGAGAAUAUUAUGCCUCUUGUCUUCCUGUCCUGUUCUAAUAUUAGGAUGAGAUUUCUUGCUUUGCUAGAAGGAAACUAAACUAAUAUUGAGAAUAAGCAUGCAGUUUCAUGGGAAGUUGGUGAAGAA